AUGGAGGGAUUGUUUUUUAAUAUUGAUUUUGGAUUUAUCGAGGGAUUGGUACGUGGGUACAGAAAUGGGUUGCUCACACAAGCACAGUACAUGAAUUUAACACAAUGCGACACAUUAGAAGAUUUGAAAUUGCAAUUAUCAGCAACUGAAUAUGCUAACUUUUUGGCUAAUGUUCCAUCACCUUUAUCAACUUCUAUUAUUCAAGAAAAGGCCUCAGAGAAAUUGUAUAAAGAGUUCAAUUAUAUUAGAGCACAAGCAGUUGAACCAUUAGCCAAGUUUAUGGAUUAUAUUACAUAUGGAUAUAUGAUUGAUAACGUUGCAUUGAUGAUUACAGGGACAAUUCAUGAACGAGACAGAAGUGAAAUUUUAGAAAGAUGUCAUCCAUUAGGUUGGUUUGAUACUUUGCCAGCGUUAUCAGUUGCGACAGAUAUUGAGUCCUUGUAUAAGACAGUUUUAGUUGAUACACCAUUGGCUCCAUAUUUUAAAGACUGUCUUUCCGCAGAUGAUUUGGACGAUUUGAAUAUUGAAAUUAUUAGAAACACAUUGUUUAAAGCUUACUUGGAAGACUUUUAUGAGUUUUGUCAAACAAAAAUAUCGUAUCCUGGAAAUGAAGUCAUGUCUAAACUAUUAGAAUUUGAAGCAGACAGAAGAAGUAUUAACAUUUCAUUAAAUUCCUUUGAUACUGAAUUGGCAGCUGAUGAUAAAUUGAAAUUGUUACCAAAUUUCGGCAAAUUGUAUCCCAAUGGAAAUCAAUUGUUAUCUAGAGCUGAAGACAUUGAUCAAAUCAAAAUUGCAGUGGAACAAGUUGGAGAAUACAAAGGAUUCUUUGAUAGUAUGAAUUCUAGUGAUAAGACAUUAGAGGAUCAUUUCUAUCAACUAGAGAUGGAUUUGUGCCGAGAUGCAUUUGCUCAACAAUUUUCAGUGAGUACUAUUUGGUCUUGGAUCAAAUCGAGAGAGCAAGAGGUUCGUAAUAUUACUUGGAUUGCAGAAUGUAUUGCUCAAAAUCAAAAAGAAAGAAUCAACAAUUACAUCGCAGUUUAUUAA